GUUGACCUGGGCGGGGUACCACCCUUUGAGUCAGCGCGGGUGCCCCCAGCCCGCUCCCAUCCGCGAUCAGGAAGCCGUUCCCGAAACCUGAGGAGGUGCGGGGGUGGCUUAUCCCUUCCUGGCCCCACCCCUGAAAGUUGCUGGGAGUGGCACCCAGAGAACUUUCCCAGACAGAUCCCGGAGCUGGCCGAGGAGGUGCGCGCUGAGCGCUCAGCCGCAGCCGGGUGCGCUCCUGCCAGGCCCCUCCUUCCCGCAGCUGCGAGGCCGAGGGGAGGGUCGGCGCGGACCUUGGUCUGAAGCAGUCGCACCGGUUUGUCGAGCUCCGUCGUGCGCCGCGGGAGCCUGGGCAGCCGGCACAGCCGCGGGCCUCUGGAGCCGCAUCCUCUGGACCUGCACCACUGUUCUCAGAAGGGAUCUGAGAGGACACAGAGUAUUGCCUAUUGCCAGGACCAAGGUGGGAUUUCCUGUGCAGCCUUCUGCAAAUGGUGCUCCACUCCAGCGAGCCUGACUCUUCUUCAUCCUUCAGAUCUGAGUUGAGAGUCUUUCCUCCAAGAAGCCUCCCCUGCACUUGCCUGAGUAUUUCACAGACACGCGAGGGUUUUCAGUAAGCAGUUGUUUGAUCUUCUUCAGAGGUUUCAAGAACUUGUUAAUAAAAUAACAAGAAAAAAUUUUUGAGGAGGGACAGUAACAUCUUCUGUAGGAAAGAGAAUUGGCUUCCUCGUGGCGAGUACGCAGCAGAUAAUUACAUGGGAGGGCAGUAACCAGAAGGCUUCCCUCUGGAUUUAGUAUCCGCAGAGAAGGUCAAUUCUAAGAGUCCAUGUUGAUCUCAGAAGCAGAAGGAUCUAAAGAAGUUAAGUUUCCACAAAGAACAAGAACUUUACCAUCUCCUUUUUGAUCUGGACUGGUGGACAAUGGAUACCACAGAGACAGCAAAACUCGAACAUUUGGAAAAUCAAGCCAGCGAUGCCGCAAACACUUACACAAGUCCUGCUGAGCCUGUUGAAGAAGAAAACAAAAAUGGUAACGGUAAACCCAAGAGCUUAUCAAAUGGGCUUCGAAAGAGCGCCAAAAAGUACCCGGACUACAUUCAAAUCUCUAUGCCCACCGACCCCAGGAACAAGUUUCCCCUGGAGUGGUGGAAGACCGGUAUUGCAUUUGUGUACGCACUCUUCAACCUGGUCCUGACAACCGUCAUGAUCACAGUCGUGCAUGAGAGGGUCCCUCCCAAGGAGCUCAGCCCUCCACUUCCAGACAAGUUUUUUGAUUAUAUCGAUCGGGUGAAAUGGGCAUUUUCUGUAUCAGAAAUAAAUGGGAUUAUAUUAGUUGGGCUAUGGAUCACCCAGUGGCUAUUUCUGAGAUACAAGUCAAUAGUGGGGCGCAGAUUCUUUUUUAUCGUUGGAACUUUAUACCUGUAUCGCUGUAUUACAAUGUAUGUCACUACUCUACCUGUGCCUGGAAUGCAUUUCCAGUGUGCCCCAAAGCUCAAUGGAGACUCUCAGGCAAAAAUACAACGGAUUCUCCGGCUGAUUUCUGGAGGUGGACUGUCCAUAACUGGAUCGCACAUCCUGUGUGGAGACUUCCUCUUCAGUGGUCACACAGUUGUUCUGACACUUACUUACUUGUUCAUCAAAGAAUAUUCUCCUCGUCAUUUCUGGUGGUACCACCUCAUCUGCUGGCUGCUGAGUGCUGCCGGGAUCAUCUGCAUUCUUGUAGCACAUGAACACUACACUGUCGACGUGAUUGUUGCGUAUUAUAUCACAACGCGACUGUUCUGGUGGUACCAUUCCAUGGCCAAUGAAAAGAACUUAAAGGUCUCUUCCCAAACGAAUUUCUUGUCUCGAGCCUGGUGGUUCCCCAUCUUCUAUUUUUUUGAGAAGAAUGUACAGGGCUCAAUUCCUUGCUGCUUCUCCUGGCCGCUGUCCUGGCCCCCCGGCUGCUUCAAGUCAUCAUGCAAAAAGUAUUCACGGGUCCAGAAGAUCGGCGAGGAUAACGAGAAGUCUACCUGAGUUGCCAAAUGGGCACCAGCUCUUACACCAAAAGAGUUUCAUGCUGUAACCAAAGGUGUAGCUUUGUAUUUAUUUUCAGAGAACUGACUGGUAAAUGAAGUGGACCAAAUUUUUUGCAAAUGAUUGGAACAACGAAUGAAGUAUUACCUUUUGACUGCUUUUCGUUUUUUGUUCUUUUAUUCAUCCUGAGAAACAUAUUUUCCUGCAGCUCUUCAUUCAUUGGUGACAAGCCCGAAAACUAAGGUGCCAAAGACCAUACUCCUCUCCUCCGACCUCCUUCACUUCAACAUUCUUUCUGGAUUGUUUUUUCCCUUCAAGGUCAGAAGAAUUUGUUAAUGUUUUGAAUAAAAUAUCUGGAUAUAAAUAUAGUAACUUGACAGUGAGAGUGGGUUUUAUCUUGAAGCAUAGUGAGAGCAAUCCCCAGCUGUGAGUCAAGUUCAAGUGCACUUUGUUUCUGCCCUGUGAGGAAAUGGUCGGUGAUAUCUUGGAAAGUACUUUGCUCCUGACCCCCAGAUGCUCUAUGUAUGACUUUCACUUUUCUAUUCUUUUGUCUUUAACUGGUAAUUUUUUUUUUUUAAAGAAGUGGUCCAAGGAAACAUAUAAGUGACACACCCGUGGAUUUUUCCUGUGUGUAAAUAUUUCACUGUCACGUCUGUCACAUCUCUAUGACGGACGAGUUCUUUCUGCUAAGGCGCACACCUCCUAUACACACAGGAGACGCUGUCUGCCUGGCAGAUUUGCACCAAGCCCAGAGCUCUUACCUGUGCCUGCACAGGUUAAAAAUACGUAUAUGAACUGAUGCUCACACUCACUGGGGACCAAGCAUGUGUUUCCCUUCCAGCUCAUGCCCUGGUGUAAUGACUGUUUUAAGGCUCCUAAUUAGAACUCAGAAGUUUGAGCACGUCAUUAAAAAUGAUUUCUCCUUAGUUGAAAUUGUGCUUUACAGAAAAAUCAGCUGGAGCCUGAAGAUUUAAUGUUCCUUGCCUUUUAGCAAGAGAUUCAACUCCCUAUAAAGUGCUCCUAAGGAUACAUCCCACGGAGCAUCUGACUUUUACCCUGUGGACAUUAGCACAUGGUGCUGCUCUUAAACAUGUUGGCAUCAGCAUGUGAGGCAGCUACAGCUACAUAGGAACAGGGCACAACUGUGUCUAAAUUUCCUUGAGGUGAUUCAAAAAAGAUAGAUUUUAAAAAUCUAAUCAGAUUUAAUACUAUCUCAUUUAGUGCAUUAUUUCAUGUUAGUAUAUCUUCUGGAUAAUUCUUGGCUUAAUUUCUUAACUACCUAAAGAUUGAUUUGUAAAACUAGCAACCUUAGAAAAAGUUCUAGUUACAAAAUUGUCAACACUAAGGCGGAGGGUAGAGAGACCAACAGUCGGGGGGGGUGUGUGGAGGGAAGCAGUUCCUCUCACUUCUCUCAGAAUGGAAAAGAUCCCCAAGUUUAUCCCCGUCAACUAUUUGGCCUUGAUUACACAAAAGUAAACUUUAAAUUGCUUAUUAAGAAAAAAAAAAAAAAGCACAAUGCAGAUCUGUUCAGAAGGGCCUCUGUCCUCUGGUGCUAAAAUUCUGCGUUCAGAGUGACUCUUUUCUGUGGUACUGGGUAGUUAAAAGAAAAAUGGAUGAAUUGAAAGGCAGAAAGUAAGACUCUGAAUUUUUUUUUUUUUAUCUUGUUGAGACAGGGUCUCCCUGUAGCCCCAGCUCACCUGGAACUCUCUAUGUAGACCAGGCUGGCCUCAAACUUGCCUGCCUCUGCCUCCCAAGUGCUGGGAUUAAAGGCAUGUGCCACCAUACCCUAAUUUAGUUAUUUUAACAAGAGUUGAAACCCUAAACAUCUUUGGAAGACUUUGAAUACAAGAAUUUUUCAAGUGUUUUACUAAAUAAAUGCAUAUCCAGCUUACCUUGUUUUAGACACAAUCCUAUACAGUUUUCAUUGUUCAUUUACUAAAAUUUGAUUCUUGUAGUAGAACAAGGUAUUUGGCUAGGAAACACUGAUUUUAACUUCCUGUUGUCUGAUUAUGAGCGAGUUACCUGACACUGAAGCCUGAGUUUUGCUCUGAGUUCUCAAUGAAAUAAAACACCGAGAGCUUCAUCCGGCUGUAUCUAAGAUAACCCAUUUUUAUUCAGUUGAGUAAAGAAAAUGCUCAAGCUUUAAAAAUCAUUGCACUUUGAUUAUUGGGCCCUUGAAACUUAUUAAUAAGCCUUGCACUUUACUCAUAUAAUCCAGGUUUUAGAAAAUACCAUCAGCUUGGAGCACUCGUGGCUCUCGCAUGAGCUCUGCUGCUCCCAGGAUCACUGUGUGUCUGUCACAGCUCUCCAAUAGAUGCCGAGGAAAAAGGUGGCUUGAAAUUAAGAGAGCAAAAUGCCAAAAUUUCAAGAAUGGAAAGCUAACAGAAAGACUUAACCAAAUCUAAGACUUACCCCAACAUGCCACUUUGGGAUAUAUAUAAACAGUUACCAUGAUGUUGCCUUUGAAAACAGUAAUUUUCUUUGAUUUUAUUUUUGAGGCAGGGUCUCAUCUCACUAGUAGCUCAGAUUAGCCUCAAACUUGCAGUGCUCCUGCCUUGGCCUGAAUAUUGGGCUUGCAGGAAUGUGCUACAAUAGCCACCAAGCAACACCUUUCCUUUGCCAGUUAAGAUACAGAUCAUAUCCAUUAUCCGUGUUUCUGUAAGCCCAUGCUUCUGUUUGAAGACUUCCCUGUAAUUUAGUCCUUCUGGGAAAUGUGCAUAACAUAUAACACCUGUUAAAUAUGCCUUGUGUUUUUCCUGAGUCUUUCCAAUGGAAAUGUCUCCUCCCAGAUUUUAAUUUUCGAGCUCCACUCUUAGAUCUGAAAAAGAAAGCAUUGUUUCCAAGGUUCCCCUUGAACUACUUGUGACUGUGUUGUAUUACUUACUGGCAUGUUAGGAAGCAAGUUUUGCUGUGAGAGGAAGACUACCUGAGCUUGAGCUCUAAUAAUCUCCCAGGCUGGUAUGUGGUGAGGAUUCUUUGCUGUGUCACCAGUGCCCCCUUGUGGCAAUAUGUCAUGUAUGGACUGUAAACACCACUUUUUUUUUUUUUUGGUCUUUUUUGAGACAGGCUGGCCUUGAACUCACAGAGAUCCACCUGCCUCUUCCUCCAAAGUGCUGGGAUUAAAGGCGUGCGCCACCACGACCAGCUUGAAACACCACUUUUUAAAAUGUAUUCUUCAAAUUUUUAAAAGGCUUUUUUGUGUUUUUGCCAAUAAUGGAAAGUAUUAUGGGAAAGAAACUUUUUAUUAAAGACAUUCUGAACCCUUUCCAAAGGGCAAGUGCUCAGAAUCUGAUCACAGAAAAUUGGAGACCAUCGUUGCCUUUUAUGUCACAAUCAUUAAUGUCCAGCUCUAGAGCUACCUAAACUUUAUUUUAAAGCCUGAAGACAACUGUCUUUCUUUUUUAUUUACAUGCUAGCAGUAAAAGUUUUCUUUAAUUGAAAGUUCAUAUCUAGUUCCUUAAAUGUUUUGAACUUUUUGUUGUUUGUUUUGUACUAUAAAACUUUACAUUUUUAAGCUGGUCUUAACACCCACCUCUAGAAUAAGGUGUGGGAAGGAGUUUCUUCAUGAGUUCACAUGUUUAAAUCAAGUAUAAGUUAUAUGUAUAUUGUGUCGAAGGCUUUUCUAUUUGUAUGUAUAAAGAUUUCUGAUAUUUUUGUUUUUAAUGUUAUUGUGUUGCAAUAAUUUAACUCUUUUGACUCAGUUGACAAAAAUACGCCUUUUACAAAGAAGUGCUCUUCGCUAUACUGAAAAUCAUGUCAGAAGUACCCAAAGACAAGUUUUUAUACAGACAGACACCUCAUAGGUUCUGAUUCAUUUUGUUGCUUCUUAAUCUUGCUAUACUGUGUUCUAAAUGAAUCACGAAUGACGAGGGUGGGUUGUUAUGAAAUUAUUUUAAACUAUCCUUUAAAAGAAAAAGAAGAAACUAUAAGCUAAUCUAGUUGCCAAGUUGGAAUUCAUUAUUUAAUUUACCUCCUAUGCAAGGAUUAAUGCUGCAAAAUGUAUGGUUGGGUUACAGUGUAUUCACAGAAGAAAUAUAUUUACAAGGUUGGAAAGGUAGCCAAUUGCAUUCUUUUGGAAAUUUACUGUACUGUUUCAAUGUGUUAAGUGCCUUGUUGUAAAGUAAAAUUUUAAGUCUAGAAUUCCUUAUUUUCCUGACCUAUAUUUUUCAUUAUGAUUACCUACUGUAUGCUAUUGUAAUCAUUUUAUUAAAUGCUUACAUUUUAAUCA